ACUUGUUGACUGGGCACGACUGCCUGUGUGCCUUUACAAUACCUGUAUCUCUGAUCAUAAAAGUCUAAAAGCGCGUUGCGUCUUGGUCAAGUGAAAGAUUAGAAAAACAACAUGGUGAGCAGUCGAACAAGGGCCAAACGACGUGAAAUACUGCCCGAAUCACAUCUGACCGGAGCUCCUGCUGCAAAUGAAAGUAGACCGAAUCUACCGAUAUCGACACAGAAACCGGCAGACACAAGCACCUGGGAAUCCAGCGCCAAAACAGCUGGCUCACUAACAGAAAAGGCCAUAUCAGAAAAUGAAUACCUUGGUGUCCGGGUGAAAAUGCCAGUACGGGACAUGCUAAGAAAUAUACGGAUAGCCAACGGCAUUGACCCAAAAGAUCUGGGAAAACAAUCCAAGGGAUGCAAAGGGGAUAAGAAACGGGUCAACGCGCGUGUAAACCGCAGGAAUCGUCUGAAAAAAAUGCAAACACAAGGUUUGGAAGAGCUGGCGAUUAUAGUAGAGGUGUUGGAAGAGGAUCUAAAGACCUGUCAGUCUUACAGGUCAUCAAACAAAAGGCUUUCAAGUUUACACCAUUCAGAGUAUGAAGAGAAAUUCUGGGUUGAGGGUUCACCUCAACAGGAUUUUAUCAUCAAAUAUGACCAAGAGAACGAGUUGGCACUGUCCCCAAGUUUCUCUGCUCCUUCAACCAACUCACCUGUGUAUUCUAGCUCCAGUUCCUACCCUUCUCCUGUUUACAACCAGGGUGCUGAUGUUUUCUUUAUGAACCAUGCAGAAUAUGGCAUGUACGAGACAGAUGAUCACGGGUAUGAUGAUCAGUAUGGUAUGUCUCUUGCCAUUGAACACCAGGUUCCCUCCCCCGAAAAAACAUCUUGUAUGAGUCCAAAUCAAGACGACCGGGAGGUUUGGCUGCAAAACUUUCGACCAGGGCACAGUCCUCACCAGGAGGACUGGAAAAGUAUGACCUUGUUCUGGGCCCAAAUGGAAAGAGAAGAGACUUUCCUGAAUGAAAUAUCCGACCAAGAGCUUUUCGCUGCAGACGAAAAGGGGAGAACCUUCCUACACAGAGUGGUUGAGGAGGGAAAAAGAGCUCUUGUGUUUGUUAUUGCCAGACGAAUGGCAACUCUGAGGAAACUGGAUAUGAAAGAUCUGGAGGGAAAGACCCCCCUUCAUCUUGCUGCAGAGAGAAAUCAACACUUCAUGGUGUCCGAUUUAGUGUCACUUGGUGCACAUAUCAAUGAAAAGGACAACUAUGGGAAGACAUGUGUCCAUCUCAGUGCAGAGAAUGGAUACAUUAGAGUCCUAGAGGUCCUGAAAGACUUUAUGAGGAGUGGUGGUUAUGUAAAUUUGGAGGAGAGAGAUGUAAAUGGACUCAGUGCGCUGCAGUGUGCAUCAGUUGCUCUAAACAGCACAGUAAGAGAACUGAAGCUGUGCGGUUCUGCGCGUCAUGUCAGACUGCAUACGCUUCGCAAAGAACAGAUGAUGGAAACGCUGGUGUGCCUUCUACAAAUGGAGUACUACUUACACGCUUUGAUAUGGGAUCAGGUUCGUCUUGAUGGGAUGAAAAGAGGUGUUAAUUCUGAGCCAUACGAACCUGCCUCCUGUCAGUCAAAUGAAAUGAAGGCCAUCAGCAACAUGACUUAGAAGUGCUUUGAAUACACAGCUGCUUCUUGCCAUAGGAGUUGUUUGUCUGCCAAGUAAGGCAGUGGUUUUAACUGACAGUAAUUGUUUUUGAGUUAAUACAAGCUUUAACCUGCGAUUGAAAACAAAAUAUACAGUAUACGUGUAUUUUAGAAAUCGCGAUAGUUAGAAAGAUGAGAAAUAUGUUUAAUGGCAUGGUUAAGCUAUGUAUUAUGCAACUGUAGGUUUUGUUCGCUGAACAAACACAAUGGUUGCCUGUUAGCUGGUUUCUGUGAAACUUCCACUGUAUGUUACGUUUGAGUAGCAGAAUCUUAAAAAAAUGAAUCGGGUUGUAGUUUGAUCCGUGAGUCUGUUUAACACCACAGUAGUUCCUAUUUGCUCUAAGAGCGAGUAGUAGUAGAAAUCAAGAGUAUGAGACUGGCAUGGCGGUUUCUUUUUAAUACCAAUACCAUUUACAAAUAUGUACUUGUACACACAGUGAAUUGAUUUUGGUUAAAUACCCCUUGGCAACUUAGCAGGUGGUGGGGAAUUUUGAUAUUGAUUCUUAUUUGUAACGAUUUGAAUUAAAUUGAAUUUUAAUAACUUUAACACAAAUUGUUAACAGUGCGUUUACUGUUGGCUUUGUGUACUGAUGAUUCAUCCUCUUUGACGUCAUAAUGGUGGCCUAAAUUUAAUUAGCUGUUUAGUCACCUCCUCACAGACACAAACUUGUGUGUCUUGUAUACUGGGGAUGGCUUUAAAGUGUUUUCAACAAACAUCAUAUUUUGUUAUUUUGUGGUAUUUUGUAACUGUCAGAGUUGUGGGGUUUUUAUAGAUUCUGUUUUAUAAAUAUUAUACUUACAGCAAUUUAAGUCUUUUAAGGUUACACAUGGGGUUAUGAUUUGGGCUCAAUAUUUUUAGUAUUUUUUUGGUGGAUUUUUUAGUUAUACUCAUAUUGUUUUAUGGGAUAUAUUGGCACAUAUAAGCAUUAAAAAACAAAUAUAUGUUUAUAGCAUGUUAAGGGGAGCUACAGUUUUCUGGUAGUAAUAGUUCAUUUUACAUUAAAUACAUGCAUUUAUUUAGCUAAUGCUUUUAAGGCAAUACAUACAGUACAUACCUGUAUAUGAAUGCUUUUUCUGUUAAGUAACAUGGGGUAAAAAGUGGGUAUAACAUAUUUAGUACAUAUUUUAUCCAGUUAUCUAAGUACAUUUUAUCAUUGUUGUUUUUACUAUAUUGAACUUAUAGGGUUAUAAAGGCUUUUCUUGCAGUUAUUGACAAAUAAAAUAAUCAACUUCUGUAAUGGACAGACAUCUGUGACUAAAAUGUGUGCUCUUUUAUUAACAGUAUUUGAAAUGCAAGUAUUUGAGUGGAUAGAGGUUUUGGAGUGUAAUAAUUUUCUUCAGUGUGGCUUGGCCCCCACUAUCACAUAGGCAUCCUUCCUGGUCAUUCUGCAAGUGUCAGAUGUUAAAAUGUCAAAGAAAACUGUGCAGAGAUAACUUAGUUUUUUCCCAUUUUUUUAUUGAAACAACAAGGUGUUCUCCAACUACAGCCAUGUGUGCUUAUAUUCAUCAUCAUGCAUUUAAAGCAGAUUUUUGUAACACUGGUAUAUUGGGUGUUAUUUUUCCAUUACGUUGGCAAGGGGAACUCUCAUAAACUUAAAUUAUGGGUAUGACAUCAGUAUGACUUCAGUCAUGUUCUCCAGUAAGCAGGUUUUGCUAGAGGCAUUACGGGGCAAGUUUGUACAGAUGAGAGACCGUUGUAAUUAUCUUGUUGUUCUAGUCCUGACCCUAUUUAAAACAUGUCUUGAUAUGGUAAUGGACAUCCCUUUUCUGUUACACAUAUUCCUGCUGAGAAAAUAAU